AUGGCGCCCUCCGCAGUAGACUCGAAGGGUUACAUGACCAGUGGCAUCAAUGAGCACCUCGCCAAUGGCACCACCGGUGGCAAACCUGACUUGAUGAACCCGCACGAUGAAGUGCACUUCGAUCCAAAGUUGAAACCCAAGCAAUACCAGAUCAAAGGCACGGACCCCAACAGUAAGAUCCUGUUUCGAGACGUACAGAUCAUCGACUCGACUGGCCGUGAUCCGUUCAAAGGCGACGUUUAUGUAGAAGGCGAACGCAUCCGGUACGUCGGUCAAGUCCCGGACAUCAAAAACCUCGCGAAAGAUCCAAAAGUCCGAACGAUCAAUGGAAAAGGACGGACAUUGAUGAGCGGACUCGGAGACGCCCACACUCAUUUCAGCUGGAAUAACGGCGAUCUAGGCAAGCUCGGCGAUGUCGGUGUUGAAGAGCAUACGCUGGUCUCUGCACGAUCGGCGCAGUGUUACCUUGAUAGCGGCUAUACGAUGUGCUUUGGCGCAGCCUCUGCCAAGGAUCGGUUAGAUGUGGUGAUUAGAGACGCUAUCAACGAUGGCUUGCUACCUGGGCCGCGGUAUCUGGCGAACGGCAAAGAGAUGGCUGUACCUGAUGGCGACCUCGUGCCUGGAAUCACCGCCUUCGCAUCUGGCCCGCUCGAGAUGCGCGAAACGAUCCGCCACCAUGUCAAGCUCGGGGUGGACACUGUCAAGCUGAGCAUGUCAGGCGAGCAGAUCUGCGAGACUCGCGAUGCGCAGGAGUGCUACUACACAGAUGAGGAGACUGCUGCAUGUGUUGAUGAGGCGCAUCGACAUGGCGUCCGCCUUUGCUCACAUGCGCGCGCCCGUGAUAGCGUCAAGAUGUGCAUCAAGCACGGUGUAGAUAUUAUAUACCAUGCAAGCUGGACGGACGAUGAAGGUAUGGACAUGCUCGAAAAAGCGAAGCAUAAGCACAUCGUUGCUCCAGGCCUGAAUUGGCUGGUCGCUACAGUCUACGAAGCCGGCGCGUUUGGCUACUCUUUCGAAAAGGCGGAGCAGGUGGGAUACAAGGUGGAGCUCGAGCAAGCCAUCAAAGUGCUCCGCGAGAUGCAUCAACGAGGCAUCACCGUGUUACCUGGCGGCGAUUACGGCUUCGCUUGGACACCCCACGGAACGUACGCUCGCGACCUUGAGCACUUCGUCAAGCUGGUAGGCUUCACACCUAUGGAGGCAAUCGUUUCUGCUACCGCGGGCGUUGCUACGCUCUUCAUGCGUGAAGACGAACUUGGCAAGGUGAAGCCUGGUUACUUCGGUGAUCUCAUCCUGGUCAACGGCAAUCCGAUCGACAAUAUUGAGGUCCUGCAAGAUCACAGCAAGCUCGAUAUAAUUAUGAUUAAUGGUCGGAUACACAAGGCUUCGUACAAGGAGUUUACACGCUUCGAGCAGCCUCAGCCCAUUAUGGAACCCAAAGAGGAUGUAAAACUCAACUACUACAUAGCCUAUGAGCUUGACGACGGCACUAAGCGCACCAGGAUCGGACAUCUCGACGAGAAGAAAGGGACGGUCACUCCACUUUCUUUCUUGAGCGGCACUCCGAUUGAGAAUCUGUACCAGGUGAUCGAAGUCGGCGAAGAGAACGUAAUGGCCGGUGGUGAGCCGUUCCAGCUGACAGACAAUCUGAAUGUGCUCGCUCCGAUCAGUGGCCGAGACGUGCUUGCGGUUGGCAAGAAUUACAGCGAGCAUGCGAAGGAGUUCAAUGCCUCCGGAUAUGAUUCCUCAGACAAGGUGGACAUGCCAACGCAUCCCGUCAUCUUCACCAAACGGGCGACUUCCAUCAUCGCAAAUGAAGAAGACAUUCUCCUCCAUGAAGGGUUUACCGAGACGCUGGACUACGAAGGCGAGAUUGGUGUCAUUAUUGGCAAGGGCGGCUUUCACAUCGCGGAAGGAGAUGCCGAGCAUCACGUCUGGGGCUACACUAUCAUUAACGAUGUGACUGCGCGGGAGAAGCAGAGAGACCACAAGCAGUUCUUCAUUGGCAAGAGCGCCGAUUCUUACUGUCCGAUGGGCCCACUAGCGAUACCUAAGGAAGCAUUGCCACGCACACUCACUGUUACCACCCAUGUUAAUGGCGAGCAACGCCAGAGAGGAACGACCGAAGAUUUGAUCUUCAGCAUACCGAAACUCAUUCAGACGCUCUCCGAAUCACAAACACUGCGUCCCGGCGAUGUGAUUGCUACGGGAACACCAGCUGGCGUGGGCUUCGGUCUGAAGCCUCCUGUGUUCCUCAAGCCUGGCGAUGUCGUGGAAGUUUCCGUAACUGGAAUAGGCACUUUGCGCAACAAGGUGGCUAAGGCGGACCCGGAGAACCAUGUGACGAAGCGGAUUGCACAGGAAAGCAGCAUUCCCAUCAGCAACUUGUCAAUCACCAACGGCGGCCUUGGACUCACCACUCUCCGCACCGGCAAGAAACUGCGAGCUGUCAAGCUCGGAUCGGGGCCAAGCUCCAUGAUCUUCGUGCACGGCUUGGGUGGCAAUAUGUCGUACUACACCCCGGUGCUCCAACAACUAGGUCUGAACAGAGACGAUCAGUCACAGUACACUAGCCUGCUCUUUGAUCUGGAGGGACACGGCAUGAGCCCAACCAAGGCAACAUCCAGAAUCAGCAUAGAAAGCUACGCGCAGGACAUUGACGACUUGAUCGACGUUCUGAACAUCCCAACACAGAACGGUGUGACACUGGUAGCACAUUCAAUGGGCUGCCUCGUCGCCUCACUCUUCGCUUCACGGCACAGCGACAUCGUCACACGGCUAGUUCUCAUCGGCCCGCCGCCUUGCCCACUGCCGGCUGGGGGUGCAGAUGCCAGCAUCAAGCGCGCAGCAUCCGUUAGGGCUGAAGGUAUGCGGAACGUCGCGAUCACCGUCGCCACAGGCGGUACCUCCGCGAAAACGAAGGCAGAGCGACCGUUAAACUUCACCACUGUGCAAAUGAGCCUCCUGUCGCAGGAUCCGGAAGGCUACGCGAAGGGAUGCACGGCCCUUGCAGGCGCAAAAGACUUGAGCAUUGAUUUUUCAAAGCUCGGGAAGACAACGAAAUCGCUGAUCAUUACCGGUGAAGAAGACAAGGUUUCGCCGCCAGCGCUGGUACAGAAGAUGUCGGAGACUAUGGGAUCAGUGCAAACGAAAAUAUUAAAAGAUGUGGGUCACUGGCAUGUGUUCGAAGACGUGGAUGGAGUGACGCAAGCGAUGAAGAGCUUUCUGGCUUGA